AUGGCAAAGAAUACUUGUAUCUUUACUCCUGCCCAGCUUCAGGAAUUCAAACAACAGUUUGAAGAUUUGGAUGCUGACGGAGAUGGAAAGCUCGACCGUGAAGAAGUUGGUGAAAUAUUACAAUGGGAAGCGAGCUACGUUGACAGAUUGAUGGUUGUUCUCCUUUUCGAAAAAUACGAUAGAAACAAAGAUGGUGUCAUUAGCUUCGACGAGUUUUUAGAUUUUUGCGAGCAUGCAUGCUCAAGAGAUCAAGACUUACUCUUGAGAGAAAUAUUUGCUAUUUGCGAUGUCGAUCACAACCAGCAGCUUGAUCUUAACGAAGUCAUCUGCCUUGGAAAAUUAAUGGGCGUUGAUGUUACUAAAAAUGACGCAAUUGCUACAAUUGAUAGUCUCGAUAGGAACCGCGAUAAGGUUAUUAAUAUUACCGAAUUCUUAUCUAUCCUUCAUCAAUAA